AUGAAAACCACAACUUCUGUCGCAGUAGGUUUGUCAUUGCUGAGUGUCGCACAUGGAGUGGAUCUCCAGGUGCAAGCCGGCUACCAUGUUAUUUAUUCGUACGAAGGGACGGUGCCGCCAACUGAACUGUCCAGUCUUAUUGAACAGGGAUUGGUAGGAGGUGUGCUGCUCUUUAGUGACAAUGUUGAUGAAAAUCUGCCAGCCGCGAUUGAAAGCUGGCAAUCCACAUAUAAAAACAGCUCGGUUUACGCGGGAUCUCCUUUGCUGAUCAUGACGGAUCAAGAAGGAGGAGAGGUGAAACGACUGCCAGGAGGGCCGACGUCUUCUGAAAAAGUGAUCGGCGAGGCAUCGGAUCCUGAAGAAGCUGCGUCGCAAGCGGGUUCACAAGCCGCCUCCGCCCUUGAGGCAUAUAAUAUGAAUGCCAACCUGGCCCCAGUACUAGAUGUAUUUCGUACUCCAGGAGAUUUUGACGACCAGUACCAGCGGUCAUACAGCGACAAUGCGACUUUGGCAGGAGUCUGCGGUGCAGCUUUCAUUGCAGCCCAGCAAUCAGCAGGAUACAUUGCGACUGCGAAGCAUUUCCCUGGCCUAGGAGCAGCAGCUUCCAAUGAAAACACGGAUGAAGUGCCUGUAACACUCAAUAUCACGCUCAACGAAAUUAGAUCCAUUGAUGAAGUGCCGUAUCAAUCUGCUAUCGCAGCCGGGCUCGAUAUGGUAAUGCCAUCGUGGGCAUUGUACCCUGCCUUUGAUUCACAAUAUCCAUCUGGUCUCAGUGAGAAAUGGAUACAGCAGGAACUAAGGGCCCGCCUAGGCUUUAAAGGGGUCACUAUUAGCGAUGCAAUUGAGGCGGGUGCAUUAAAGGCAUUUGGAGACGAUUCAAAUCGGGCUCUGUUGGCUAGCCGUGCCGGAAUGGAUAUCAUACUCGCAGCUGCACAGAAUGUUACUCAGGGACAAGCUAUUGUGAAGGCCCUUGCCGAUGCAUUGGGUGGAGGAACAUUAGAUCAAUCUUCAUUUGAUGCUGCUACACAACGUAUUCUUAGCUUGCGGCGGAAAGUCACCCCCUCAACUCGAUAG